AUGUCUUCUGAGAGAAGAAGCCUCCAGGCCGUGGAGGGAAACGCCUCUCUCCGGCCUGCGUCCGACAACGCUCGCACACCGACGCCUUCGCCCGCCAUCAUUGUCCGCGACUUCGAGAACACCAUUGUCUACGACCAUAAUCACGAUCACGAUGAUGACAAUGUCGAUCCGCUAUCCCCUCGCGUCCGUCGGGGCACCUGGACGAAAGAAAUCAGCGACCACAGAACCGCUUCGCCGCCCAGUUCCGUCAAAGCCUUUGCCGCAUCCCGACGUCGCUCGCGGCGCAACACAUUCAGCAGCGAGGCCAGGUCCGAGUUCGAGGAGCAUCUGGCUCGGAUUGGGUCCAUUUCAGAGGCUCGAAGCAUCUCUCCAGGCCAGGAGGUCAGACAUCCGAGUGUUGCGCCCGUUGACGAUGCCGGCAUCCACCUUCCCGACAUCGAAGAUCGCGACGAGUACCGUGACGAUGCCGAUGGAGAAUACGCAAAAGAGAAGGAACAGCUCUGUAUCGACUUCGAAUUCCUCGAACAGUUUAUGCACGCCGAACAGGGAGCACACAUGAAUCAUCGCUUGUCUUCGGAUGCCACACCCAGAGUCUUCUCUGACCUGCGCAGGUCUCAGUCUGGCAAUGAGAAGUUCACGACCAACUCUGAGGGCGACUUGAUUCACACGCAAAUGCCUGGCUCGCCGGAUUUCGAGGAGAAGAAGAAGCCUUCCAUCAUACCGCCGGCACAGAUAGAAAGAUCCCGCUUCACUUUCUGCUCGUCUUCGUCGGAUUCAACGCUUUCUGCGUCUGAGCUGGUCGAUCUGGUCCCAUGCGGCGAGACUAUACGCAGUCUAUUCGAGCAGUCGGUGGAUGAUGAUGGUUCAUGGUGGCUCAACUGCACGAACGUGACGAGGGCCGAAGUCCAGGGACUUGGAAAAGCCUUUGGAAUCCAUCCCUUGACGGUCGAGGAUAUAAUUACAAAUGAGCCGCAUGAGAAGGUCGAGCUGUUCAAUUCCUACUAUUUUGCCUCGUUCCAGUCCUUCCAUGCCGUGGAAGAGGAUGACGGCAUUGAGUACCAGGGUUUCAGCAUUUAUCUCCUCAUCUUUCGGCAGGGCGUGCUGAGCUUCAGCUUUGUUCCCAACGCCCAUGCGUCUUACGUCCGGAAUAAAAUGAUGGCUUUGAAGGGGUCCGUCUCGGUGAGCAGCGACUGGAUCUGCUACGCGAUUGUUGAUCACAUCGUGGACCAGUUUGGCCCCGUCAUCAGACGAAUGGAAGCCGAAGUAGACUCCAUCGAUGACGAUGUCUUCAUCAUGCGGGACGAUGACAAGAACACGAUCCUCAAGCGGAUUGGACAAGCACGGAAGAACUGCAUGGCCCUGUUCCGCCUCUUGGCAGGCAAGGCGGACGUCCUGGGAGGAUUCACGAAACGAUGCAACGAGAACUAUCCCAUGGCGCCUCGGAUGGAUAUCGGCAUGUAUCUGAGCGACAUCCAGGACCACGUCGUCACCAUGACCUCCAACAUUAGCCACUUCGAGACCAUCCUCGCUCGCGCCCACAGCAAUUAUCUCGCGACGCUCUCGAUCAGCAACCACUCCCAGGCACACAUGACCAACCGUGUACUUAACAAAGUGACGCUUCUAGCAGGAGUCUUUGUGCCUCUGCAGCUCGUGAGCUCUUUGUUCGGCAUGAAUGUGCCCGUGCCCUGGGCUGGCUCGGCAAGCGACAACCUGGCACCUUUUUUCGGUAUCACGGGCUUCAUGCUGGGCUUUGCCUUGCUCUUUGUGGCUGUUGCUCGGUUCUUGAGGUUCCUGUAA